AUGGCUGCUUUUUCUUCAGACUCCCCCCUAGCCCCUUCCGAGGUUAACCGCCUCGAUCCCAGGAAGGGUGGUGGUGGCGGCCACGGUGGUGCUUCCGGCCACGGUGGUGGUGCCUCCGGCCACGGUGGCGAAGGCAGCAGUGGAAGGCAUGGAUCCGGCAGUGGCAGCAAAGGCGGAAACACAGGCAGUGAAAGCACCGGCAGCACUACCGGUGAGAAAUCCUCAAGUAUCACUAUGCCUGGCUCCACCGUCCGCAUGACGGCCACGACGUAUAGUGGCGGCGGAGGACGCGCAGUCGUGAUUCCUCAAGGCCAACCUUUCUCUGGACUCACAUACGGGGGCGGGACACGGGGACAGGUGUACGGAACGUCGACGUACGGCAGCGGUUACCCCGGUCUCCCCGCGGGUAGCGUCACUGACAGAGGUUUCCCGUUCUGCUUCUGGCCCUUGGUUUGGGAAAAGCAGCCGUAUGGAGCACCAUACCUCUAUGCCCCUGAGUAUGGUAGCCCGACCAACACAAGCCGUCCGGGAGGGCCUCUCACACAGGCGAUCUUCACAUCGAAGACGUCCAACAACACGUUCUGGGUUGUUGCAGACAACGCGACAGUCAUCGCGCUCAUCGCGACGGUUCACGACUCCUGCACCCUGGGCAACGGCUCCUCGACUAAUCCGUCCGUCUUCGCUGGCUCCACCGUCCGCCCGACCCAAGUGGUCCAGUACUACCGCGCGAGCAGUGUCGCGCUCGCUCUCGACGGCUACAACGACACGGCGAAGCUAAACAACCCCAACGCUAGUGCGAUCCCUCUUCCUGGAUGGGUGGACAAUUCGUUCUUGAAGUGCUUGAAUAGCACCAUCGGCGAGAGUGUACCGCUCGUCAACGGGGCCAAUGCGCAGUUCCAGGCACCGGUCGGGCUCGUUGGACUAUUGUGCCUGGCCAUUCUCCUGUGGCUUUAG